AUGGAAGACGUAUGUUGUUGCUGCGUUAUGUGUCUCUUUCGGCAAGACCGUGCCUAUGACCUCGGCAGACCAGCCGUUGCCUCUCCCGCUCUCUCUGCCAGUAUUGCUUUCACCCUCCGCCAAAAUUUGGCAGAUAUUAUUAGGGCUGUCAACAUUCCUAUAUCUUUCUUUCCCCCGUUUGGACAUUUUUCCCUAUAUUUGCAAUACUUUCUUGUCGGUAUUUCAUUAUUAUUUUCACUCGCUUUUUUUUCUUUUUCUUUUUCUUUCCUUUCAAUUUUUCUUUUUUUUCUUUCCUUUCUUUUUUCUUUCUUUUUUCAUUCCUUUUUUCCUUCCUUUUCUUUUUUCUUUCUUUUUUCUUUCCUUACCUUUUCCUUUUUUCUUUCCUUUCCUUUCCUAUUCUAUUUUCUUUCCUUUUUCAUUCCUUUUCUUUUUUCUUUACUUUUUUCAUUCCUUUUCUAUUUUUCAUUUUCUUUUUUCAUUCCUUUCCUUUUCUUUUUUCUUUCCUUUUUUCUUUCAUUUCAUUUUCUUUUUUCUUUCGUUCCCUUUUCCGUUUUCUUUCCUUUCCUUUUCUUUUUUCUUUCCUUUUUUCUUUCAUUUUCUUUUCUUUUUUCUUUCCAUUCCUUUUCUUUUUUCUUUCCUUUUUUGUUUCCUUUCCUUUUCUUUUUUCUUUCCUUUCCUUUUCUUUUUUCUUUCCUUUCCUUUUCUUUUUACUUUCCUUUUUCUUUCCUUUCCUUUUCUUUUUUCUUUACUUUUUCUUUCCUUUCCUUUUCUUUUUUUUCCAUCCUUUUCUUUUUUCUUUCCUUUCUUUUUCUUUUUUCUUUCCUUUCCUUUUCUUUUUUCUUUCCUUUUUCUUUCCUUUCCUUUUCUUUUUUAUUUAAUUUCCUUUUCUUUUUUCUUUCCUUUUUUCUUUCAUUUCCUUCCCUUUUCCUUUUUCUUUCCUUUCCUUUUCUUUUUUCAUUUCUUUUUUGUUUCCUUUCCUUUUCCUUUUUCUUUCCUUUUUUCUUUCAUUUCCUUUUCUUUUUUGUUUCCUUUCCUUUUCUUUUUUCUUUCCUUUUUCUUUCCUUUCCUUUUCUUUUUUCUUUCCUUUCCUUUUCUUUUUCCUUUCCGUUUUACUUUCCUUUUUUCUUUCCUUUCCUUUUCUUUUUUCUUUCCUUUUCUUUUCUUUUUUCUUUUCUUUUUUCUUUCAUUUCCUUUUCUUUUUUCUUUCCUUUCAUUUUCCUUUUUUCUUUCCUUUCAUUUUCCUUUUUUCUUUCCUUUUCUAUUUUCUUUCCUUUUUUCAUUCCUUUUCUUUUUUUCUUUCCUUUUUUCUUUCAUUUCCUUUUCUUUUUUCUUUCCUUUUCCUUUUCUUUAUUCUUUCUUUUCCAUUUCUUUUUUCUUUCCGUUCCUAUUCCUUUUUUCUUUCCUUUCCUUUUCUAUUUUCUUUCCUUUUUUAUUGCUUUUCUUUUUUCUUUACUUGUCUUUUCUUUUUUCUUUCGUUUUUUAUUCCUUUUCUUUUUUCUUUCCUUUUAUAUUCCUUUUCUUUUUUCUUUCCUUUUUUUCUUUCGUUUCCUUUCCUUUUUUUUCCUUUUCUUUUUUCUUUCCUUUCCUAUCCUUUUUUCUUUCCUUUUUCAUUCCUUUUCUUUUUUCUUUCCUUUUUUCUUUCCCUUCCUUUUCUUUUUUCUUUCCUUUUUUCAUUCAUUUUCUUUUUUAUUUCCUUUUUUCUUUCAUUUCCUUUUCUUUUUUCUUUCCUUUUUUUCAUUCCUUUUAAUUUUUCUUUCCUUUUUUCUUAUCUUUCCUUUUCUUUUUAUUUUUCCUUUCCUUUUCUUUCUUCUUUCCUUUUUUAUUCCUUUUCUUUUUUCUGUCCUUUUUUCUUUCAUUUCCUUUUCUUUCCUUUCCUUUUCUUUUUCUCUCCUCUUUUCAUUCCUUUUCUUUUUUAUUUCCUUUUUUCUUUUAUUUUCUUUCUUUUCUUUUUUCUUUCCUUUUUUCAUUCCUUUUAAUUUUUCUUUCCUUUUUUCUUACCUUUCCUUUUCUUUUCAUUUUUCUUUUCCUUUUCUUUCUUCUUUCCUUUUUUUAUUCCUUUUCUUUUUUUCCUGUCCUUUUUUCUUUCAUUUCCUUUACUUUCCUUUCCUUUUCUUUUUUCUUUCCUCUUUUCAUUCCUUUUCUUUUUUCUUUCCUUUUAUCAUUCCUUUUCUUUUUUCUUUCCUUUUUUCUUUCAUUUCCUUUUCUUUUUUCUUUCCUUUCUUUUUCAUUUUUCAUUCCUUUCCUUUUCUUUUUUCUUUUUUUUCUCCUUGCCUUUUCUUUAUCUUUCCUUUUUUUCUUUCCUUUUAUCUUUUUUCUUUUCUUUCCACUAUUCCUUUCCCAUUUCUCUUUCUUUUUUUCUCCUUUCUUUUAUCUUUCUUUUCCUUUUUCUUUCCUUUUCUUUUGUUUCCUUUCCUUUUUUCUUUCCUUUCUUUUUUUCUUUUCUUUCCAUUUUUUCCUUUACUUUUUCUUUUUUUCCUUUUUCUUUCCUUUCCGUUUUCUUUCCAUUUCUUUUUCUUUUUCCGUCCUUUCCUUUUCUUUUUCUUAUCCUUUCAUUUCCUUUCCUUUUUUUCUUUCUUUCCUUUUCUUCCUUCCUUUCCUGAUUUCUAUCCUAUCUUUAUACUUUCCGUGCUCUAUUUUUUUCCUUCUUACCUCUCACAUCUGCGUUGUCAUCAUUUCUCUCUCUUUUUUAACUCCUCCUUCUAUCGUCUUACUUCUUUUCGUUCUUUCUUUCUGAAUUUGUGCUCUUUCCGUAUUUGUUCUUUGUUCUACUUUUUUCUUUCUAUCUUUUUUUUCUUGCUUUUAUCCUUCUUUUCUUUCUUUCGCAUUUUAGUCUGCUUUUUAUCUAUUUUUAUUCUCUGCCUUUUCAUCUGUCAUUUAUUUUUAUGUUUUGUUUAUUUUCUCGACUUUAUCUCUUUAAAUAUUUCCUUAAACAUUUCUUUCUUUCUCUUGUCUUUCGUGCUUCAGUUUCUUUACUUUAUCUUUUUUGAUGCCUUUUCCCUAUUUUAUCUCUUUUUUUUUUCUCCCUCUUUCCAGUUGUUCAUUCAUUCCAUCUCACUUUGUUCUUUCUUUCUUUUUUCUUUCUUUCUUUCUUUCUUUCUUUCUUUAUUUUCUUAUCUUUUCUUUCUUGCUUUCUUUUCUUAUUUUCUCUUUCUCUCGCCAGUCUAUAUCUUCAUACUGAUCGUUUUAUAUUUGUCGGAAUUUGUCUAUUUUCUUGAAUUUUCUGCUUUCUCCCCUCCCUUUAUCUGUCCAUGCAUUUAUUUAUUCAUUAUUUUUUCUUUCUUUCUUUUAUUGCUCUUUUUGCUCUCUCUCUUCCUCCAUUAUCUCUUCAUCAUAUUUUCCGUGUUUUCUCGAAUUUUCUGCUAUUUUCCUUCUCUUAUUUCAUUAUUCCCAUCUUUCUUUUGCUUUCUAUCUUUCUUCUCUUGGCUUUUUCUCUUUAUGUCUCUUUUCUGGCCUCUCUCCAUUCCCAUCAUUUCAUGCCCUUUUUCAAUUUCUUCAUUACACUCUCAUAUUCCUCUCUUUCUCUUUAUCUCUAUCUAUUCUCGCCAUUUACGUUCUUCUGUCAUACAAUCCUACUCUCUUCGGGUUGCCGUACACCUCGGCAGCAAUGCGAUCGCAUCACCCGCGUUUUUCUAUCUAUCUAUCUAUCUAUCUAUCUAUCUAUCUAACUUCACCAAUAUUUUUAUCUAUCUAUCUAUCUAUCUAUCUAUCUAUCUAUCUAUCUAUCUAUCCUCACCAAUAUGUUUAUCUAUCUAUCUAUCUAUCUAUCUAUAUAUCUAUUAUAUACCUUAUACACCUUCUUCUUCGUAUGUUUUAUUCUCUAUAUUUUUCUCUAUUGUUACUCGUCUGUCUCUUUUUUUCUUUUUUCUUCUCCUUCCUCAUUUUUUCCUUCUUUUUAACACAGUCUUCUUGCUAUUGCUACCUUUCCUAUUGUUACUCUUCUUUUCCUUCUUUACAUCUCAUCUUCUUCUUUCAACUUCUUCAACGAUAUUAAUUUAUUUCUCUCCUUCAUUUCUCCUUCUUAAGUUAUACACUUAUUCCUCCUUAUUCUCUUGUCACUCUUCUUUUUUGCUUUUUCCCAAUUCACGCCUGCUUUCUCCUUCUCUAAAUAUUUUUAUUCUUGUCUACCUUCUAUUCUUUAUCUGCAGUAUUAUUCCUUAUUUCUUUCCUUCAUUCUCUUUCUUCUAUUCUACAACUUCUUCCUUAUUUUCUUGUUACUCUUCUUCUUUUUUAUUUUUUUCUAAUUCUCCUCCUUUCCCUUCUUAUAAUGUACAAGUUUUCUUGCUGUUCUUGUUAUUUAUUUAUUUAUUCCACUAUCCUUCUUCAUAUAUUUUUCAACGGCUUAAAUCUUUUCUUCAUUUUCCUUUUUCUAUUCAUACAUCGACUUAUUGUUUCCUUGUUACGUUUUUGCUUUUUCUAAUUCUCUUCUUUCUCCUUCUAUUUUACAUAUUUUUCUUGUCUCCCAAUUUCCUUUCUUCAUAUUUGUCUAUUUCUUCUGCUUCUUUAUUUUUCUUCAUUCUUUUUCUUCUAUCCUACUUAUUCUUUUUCCUUUUCCAUAUUUUUCAUUUUCUCUUUUUUCUACUUUUCCUCUUAUAUUCGUUAUUUCUCUUCAUAUUUUUCUUCUAUUCUGCACACUCUUCUUCCUUUUUAUAUUCAUUCUAUUCUCCUUUUCCUCCUCCUCCUCCUCCUCCUCUUUCUUCUUCUUCUUCUUCUUUUUCAUCUUCUUCUUCGUUUUCCACACUUAUAUUCCUUAUUUCUCGUCAAUCUUUUUCUUCUAUUAUACAUAAUAUUUUUCCUUUUCCAUAUUCUUCAUUAUCUCCUUUUACCAUUUCCUACUUUUCCUCUUCUCUCACACUUAUUUCUCGUCUUCAUUUUGUCUUCGAUUCACUAUACAUUCUUCUUCCUUUUUAUCUUCCUUCUUCCUUCUCUUUUACAUUUAUAUUUCUUAUUUUUCUUCAUUUUUUCUUCUAUUCUGCAAACUCUUCUUCCUUUUUUAUAUCCGUUAUAUCUUUCUUCUCCCCACUCUUAUUCUUCCUGUUUUCUUCUUCUUCUGCACUUAUUCCUUACUUCUCUUCAUUCUUUUCUUCUAUUCUACAUAUUUCUUUUUAUUUUUCCCUUUUCUUCAUUCUCUCUUUUUCCUACUUUUCAUCUUCUCCCACACAUUACUUAUUUCUCUUCUUCAUUCUUUUUUGUUCUUUUUCUGCAUAUUCUUCUUCCUUUCUACUUCAUUCCCCCCUUUUCCCUUCUUCCUAUUUCUCAUCGUCGACUUGCCAAUUCAUAUUUUUCUCCAUCUUAUUCUCAUUUCGUUUUUCUUUUCACUUUCGCCAUUUUGUCUUCUUUUCAAAUAGUUUUCAUCCAUUUACUUCAUUCCAGUAUCUUGAAAUAUAG